CGAACAGAGGCCAAGGCGUGUGCAUCCAGCGCAAGUUGCCUGAACGGUGGUACCUGUGUGGACGCUGGCGACAAAAACAACUGUAUCUGUCUGCCCGGAUUCACCGGAAAGAAGUGUGAGGUAAAUAUCAACGAGUGCAACACUAUGCCUUGCGUUAAUGGCGGUACGUGUCGAGACUUGAACAACUCCUUCGAGUGCCUCUGCCCUCCUGGCUUCAGGGGCUCGGACUGCCGUAUUAGUAAGGGUCCAUAUUGA